GAAGGGGUUGGAUAAGGCCAACUGAAUGUGUCUUUGAGGAGCUUUCUCAUGGAGUCUCUACUGUGCAGCUCGAUUACGCUCGUAUCCCCCAAACUCUCAAACUAUAAACUACCACUACGACUACCUCUACAGCUGCCACCAAAUAGACCCACUCUUGCUUAUUCCACCAACUUCGCUUUCUCCACCAAUCUCUGUACCCCUUCUCGCCUUUCUCCUUAUGUUUUAUUUGCGACACCAGAGAGCCAAUUGAAUGUUGGGGUUGAUGCUGAUGCAAGAGAAUGGGCAAUGCAAGGAUUGGGCUGACAUGCUUCUUAGGAUGUAUGUGAGAUGGGCAGAAAAACAGAAAUACAAAACAAGAGUGGUUGAGAAAUCCUUAGGAGAGGAAGCUGGGAUUAAGUCAGCCACUAUUGAAGUUGAAGGUCGUUAUGCUUAUGGUUAUUUGUCUGGGGAGAAAGGAACACACCGCAUUGUGCGACAAUCUCCUUUUAAUUCCAAAGGUCUUCGCCAGACAAGUUUCUCUGGCAUUGAAGUAAUGCCUUUUCUUCGUGAAGACUCGAUGAAUGUUGAAAUACCUGAGGAGGACCUGGAGAUCAGUUUUUCUAGGGCAGGUGGAAAAGGAGGCCAGAAUGUAAACAAGGUCGAAACUGCUGUCCGGAUUACUCACAUCCCCACCGGCGUCACCAUUCGCUGCACAGAAGAGAGGUCCCAACUAGCAAACAAGAUAAAGGGUCUGAGCAGGUUGAAGGCCAAGUUGCUGGUCAUAGCUGAGGAGCAAAGGGCAUCUGAAAUCAAGCAAAUACGAGGAGAUGCAGUGAAGGCUGAGUGGGGCCAGCAAAUACGAAACUAUGUAUUUCAUCCGUACAAACUUGUCAAAGAUGUGCGGACAGGAUUUGAGACAUCGGAUAUUGCUUCUGUAAUGGACGGUGAAUUGGAGCCCUUCAUCAAGGCUUACCUCAAACACAAGUACACCCUCUCACUCUCUGCAACUGUGGGAUAAUUAACAUCUUACAAAAUUAUCCAUUAAAUUAACUCGUGUAAUAUAUAAUUUGAUUUAUGGAUCCCCCAACUUCUUUUACCUACCGUGAUGCAUAUUAAUGUACAAGCUAGCAACCCACAAAGAAAUUAAAGACCUCUGAGCUCAAUCCUAUGGCCACAAUAGAGCUGCAUAGAGUGAGAACUUCUCUAAUCAAUCAACAAUGGCCAAACACCAGACUGUUACCAUGGGUGCACACUCAAUAAAAGACCAUUUCGGUGUUGGCCCACAUGGUCAUUGUGUGGGCCUGAAUAGUUUUUUUUUUUGUGUAUGAUAACCGGGUAUCCAGUGUUUUACCCCGACUAGAUUCCAAAGACAUCAUGCAAAAUGCUCCCUACACGCACGUCAAGUAAAGUUCAAGCUUUUGCUCGCGAGUGGCGCCUGAAGAAAUUGUUUACACUUAAGGGGGGUCGAAGCUUAUACCUAAUGUUUCAUAAGGAGGCAUUAGGAUCAAGUGACUACCACUCGAGUCAAUCCAUUGGACCGAGUUGCAAGUCCAUUAUCAUUAGUUGUAAUUGUAGGUCUAUUUUACUCGUUUUGUUUAGACCCAAUUUACUUGUUUCGACAAAAGGAAUUGUCGAUUGUAUAUAAACCUACAAAUUUGUUGUACGAGCCAUUAUGAGAACUAUCACAAGUUUUUCUUCUUUCUUUGGAAAUUGACUAUCUCCAAAUAAGUCAUUUCUAUACUACCCAUA